UUGGGCCGGCCCUACCUAAAAUGGCGACCUGGCGAGGCGGAGGUGGAGCUCGGCCAGGGGGCGGAGCAGGGGGCGGAUGAUGGCGGACCCGGUCUGGGCUUUAAUUGAAUAAAACAAUGGCAACUGCUGAUAGCGAGACACACAAUCCCCUGGAACCUAGAAUCCCAAAGCUACAGUUUGUUCCCUUCACCAGUGCCUUGGAUGCGGGAUUCUGGCAUGAGCUGACGCAGAAGAAACUUAAUGAGUAUAGAUUAGAUGAGACUCCAAAAGGUAUCAAAGGCUACUACUAUAACGGUGAUCCUUUUGGUCUACCAGCUCGUUUAACAUUGGAGUUUAGUGCCUUUGAUAUGAAUGCUGCCACCCCGGCACAUUGCUGUCCUGCUGUCGGAACAUUAUAUAACACCAACACUUUUGAGUCUUUCAAAUCCUGUGAUAAGAAGUCACUUUUGGAAAAAGCAGCAAAUGAGAUAUGGGAGACAAUAAAAUCGGGGACUGCCCUUGAAAACCCCAUGCUCUUGAACAAAUUCCUGCUUCUCACUUUUGCAGAUUUAAAAAAGUAUCGCUUCUAUUACUGGUUUUGCUACCCUGCUCUCUGCUUCUCUGAUGGCAUACCUAUUGUUCAGCAGGCAGUCUGCCUAGGUGAAAGGUUCUCUCCAACCCAGAUUCAAGCGCUCCAGAAAGCAUAUGAUGAACUUUGCCAGAAGGAAGGAGUUACAGCCUUGCCUUACUUUUUAAUCAAAUAUAAUGACAAGUCUGUUUUGGUGUCACUGCUUAAAAACUGGAAUGAUUUUUUCCAAGAUCAAGAGGAAAAGGUGACAGUUGGAGUUUAUGAUCCCUGCAAUUUUACACAGUAUCCAGGUUGGCCGCUGAGGAACUUGCUGGUGAUGGCAGCACACAGAUGGGGUAGCCACCUCCAUUCAGUUGAAGUGCUCUGCUUCAGAGACAGGACCAUGCAAGGCGUGAGAGACAUAGCACACAGCAGCAUCUUUGAAAUAAAGCUUCCACAGCUGCCACAGAGCCCAGUAGAUUGUCCAAAAGCUGUUGGAUGGGAGAAAAACCAAAAAGGAGGCAUGGGUCCUAGAAUGGUGAAUCUCAGCGAAUGCAUGGAUCCUAAAAGGUUAGCUGAGUCGUCUGUGGAUCUUAAUCUUAAAUUGAUGUGCUGGCGGUUGGUGCCUACUCUUGACCUGGAGAAGGUUGUGUCUUCUAAGUGUCUGCUGCUAGGAGCUGGUACGCUGGGUUGUUGUGUAGCCAGAACCUUAAUGGGAUGGGGAGUCAGACAGAUCACAUUUGUGGACAAUGCAAAAAUCUCCUAUUCCAACCCUGUACGGCAGCCUUUAUAUGAGUUUGAAGAUUGUCUCGGUGGUGGGAAGCCCAAGGCACUUGCGGCAGCAGACAGACUGCAAAAAAUAUUUCCAGGAGUGAAUGCAGAAGGAUUUAACAUGAGCAUCCCCAUGCCAGGUCACCCUGUGAAUUUUUCUGAAGUCACAAUGGAACAGGCUCAAAAGGAUGUGGCACAGCUUGAACGACUCAUUGAUGCUCAUGAUAUUAUUUUCCUGUUAAUGGACACUAGGGAAAGUCGGUGGCUUCCUGCUGUCAUUGCAGCCAGCAAGAGGAAGCUGGUCAUCAAUGCUGCAUUGGGAUUUGACACAUUUGUUGUGAUGAGACAUGGACUAAAGAAACCAAAGCAGCAGGAGUCUGGUGACUCGUGUUCCAGCAAUGCCUCUGGCUCUGCUGAUCUCCUGGGAUCAUCACUCUUUUCAAACAUCCCUGGCUAUAAACUUGGCUGCUACUUCUGCAAUGAUGUUGUGGCUCCGGGGGAUUCCACCAGGGAUCGGACAUUGGAUCAGCAGUGCACAGUCAGUCGACCAGGAUUAGCCAUGAUAGCUGGAGCCCUUGCAGUAGAACUAAUGGCUUCUGUUUUGCAACAUCCGGAAGGUGGUUAUGCUGUUGCUAGCAGUAGUGAUGACAGAAUGAAUGAACCACCUACCUCUCUUGGGCUUGUGCCUCAUCAGAUUCGUGGCUUUUUAUCAAGAUUUGAUAAUGUCCUUCCUGUCAGCCUUGCAUUUGACAAGUGCACAGCCUGCUCUCCCAAAGUCCUUGACCAGUAUGAGCGAGAGGGGUUUAAUUUCCUUGCAAAAGUUUUUAAUUCCUCACAUUCCUUCUUAGAAGACCUAACAGGUCUGACUUUAUUACAUCAGGAAACUCAAGAUGCUGAGAUUUGGGACAUGAGUGAUGAUGAAACAGUCUGAAAGCCAAAUGAAUGAAGUAGAAGAUGACCUGCUUUAGGCUUCAGUGAUGUCUUUUAUCCAUCAUUUGACAAGUUAAUGAUUGCUUAUACAUUUUGACUUACAAAUAUAAACAAAUAUAAUCUACAUCUGUGCUAUGAAUGGGACAUUAUCUUGAACUAAAAUAAUAGUUCUACUGUGGAUGUAAUUCUCCCCUGCUUUUCAUUUUUAUCCUAUGCAUGAGAUAACACUCUUGCUAGAGCAAUGUGUUUGUUUAAAUCCCCUUUCUAUUUUUUUUUCUGUUUCUAAACAUAGCUUACAUAUGAAAUAUGCCACUUUAAAUAGCCUUUGGAGUUUUCAUUUGUCCCAGUUUUCAUUUUACUUGUCAAUAGAUAUCCCUAAAUAUCAUUGUAUUUUUCGUGUUUCAAUGAUUUGUCACAUUUUAUAAGUAUUUAAUAUUCAGGCUAUAAGAAAAUGCCCCUGUAGAUGGGAAUUAAAUUACAUUGUUAUUUAAGGGAGUGGGGAAAAGAUAACCAAACAUCCACCUGCACAGUUUUACUGUGUUAGAUCAUGUUGUAACAUAUUAGCCCCCCUUCUUAUUAUAAUACAGUUGGUCUUGGCUGUGCAGAUGGGAACAGACAAAGCUUCAGAAUCUUAUUAGAGUCAUAUAAAAGACUUGAGCUGUAGCAUGGUUCCACACUGUGGAUAAAGUAUCAUUUGACAUUGCCUACCUAGUGAAGACCAAACCGUGUUUAUAUCCUGAUUGGGGGCUGUGAUGCUUACAGCAAGAUCCAUUACACAGUAAAAAUUGCUUUGAAGGUAGGUCCUUAGCUAGAUAAAAGUGUAUAGUGUAAUUGAGAAAUGUAUCUAAGGCAGUGGUUCUCCAGCUUUGUCAUUCUUAAAUCCCACCACCUAGCAUGUUCAUGGACAUCAAAACAGUCCUAACCCUAAUCUCCCAUUGGAGGCAUUUGAAAUGUUUUGUUCUUGCUGGUGCACAAAACCAUAGUUUGGGAACCACAGAGAAAAAGGAUAAUUUAUGAAACUCAAAAUUUUAAAAAAUCAAGUGUAUUACUACCCUAAAUGUAAAGAGAAAUAUAUCUAUUGUUUUGCAUCUUGAAAUAACUAAAAACAAAAAAAAAUGUUUUAAGCCUC